CUCAAGUUUGAUAUAAGAAUAUCGUCGGGGUUAGAUUACUUGGAGCAUCUUCGACUAAACCACCAAAGAGAGUUGGUUAAGAUGGAUGCUAGUAAGAUUCUUCAAGGCGAGCCUGACAACUACGAUGGUGUUACCGUAACCAUCAAGGAACCAAUGGAUGCUGAUGUUUUCACCGAAAAGCUUAGGGCUUCGCUUUCGCAUUGGAGACAAGAGGGGAAGAAGGGGAUUUGGAUCAAUAUACAUAUUCUAUUUGCUAAUCUUGUAGAGGCUGCAGUUAGUGAAGGGUUUAGGUAUCAUCACGCUGAGCCUGAUUACUUGAUGCUUGUGUCUUGGAUCCCAAGCACCCCUGACACAAUUCCAGCAAAUGCUUCCCAUGUUGUAGGUGUUGGUGCAUUGGUCCUCAACAAAAACACUGGAGAGGUCCUCGUAGUCCAGGAAAAGAGCGGUUACUUCAGAGAUAAAAAUGUGUGGAAGCUGCCUACAGGUGUUAUCAACGAGGGUGAGGAUAUUUGUGAUGGAGUAGCUAGGGAAGUAAAAGAAGAAACUGGUAUUGUUGCAGAUUUUGUGGAAGUGUUGUCUUUCAGGCAAAGCCACAAAGCAUUCUUGAACAAGAAGUCCGAUCUGUUUUUCCUGUGUGCCUUAACUCCACGCUCCUACGAAAUCAUUGAACAAAAAUCUGAGAUCUUGGAAGCUAAGUGGAUGCCUAUCAAAGAGUACGUAGACCAGCCAUGGAACCAGAAGAAGGAGAUGUUCAAGUACAUGGCUAACAUCUGCCAGAAGAAGUGUGAGGAUGACUACUUGGGAUUCUCCACUGUGGAAACUACCACAGGAACUGGUAAGAAGAGCUUUGUCUACUGCAAUGCUGAUCACGCCAUGAGCGUUAUAGCAGCGCGUGACCACGCCUCCACUUCUCAAUGAUAACAUUCUCAUCCCGAUUCUGUUGGAUGGAUCUCUCAGCAUUUGUUUUCAAACCAGCUUUUAGCAACUAUGCAUAUCUUUUGACGUUGUCUUGUAUUUGUUCUCAGUUAUUGUCCUGCAAAACAUCCAAGCCUUAACCGGGUUUUAAAUUCUAUGCAUUAUGUUUUGUGUUAUUUCUGGUUUAAUCCGGUUUAGUUUGAUUUACAGGGUUUUAUAUUAUCCGAUAUAUUUUGAUUGAGAAAUGAUUAUUACCGUCCUUAGAGAUGAUUAAAUUACUAGAAUAAUUGCGAUACAUGUCAUCUAUUAUUUGUUCUAUUUGAACAUAUAUUAUACUUUUCA